UACAAAUCGGUAACGCAUCGGUCAACGAUUGUGAACGCGUACACUUUCGAGAAAACGAAAACAGUUAUUGUUUGUUUAGCCGCGAUAAAGGAUAACCACCACGAUGAGAACGAUAUUUGUGCUGUUGCUGUGUGUUGGCACAGCUUUUACGGCCACUCAUGUUAAUAUCUCGAUUGCUCAGCACCCGGCCACGAACCCGGCUGACGUCACCUAUUUGGAGGGUACCGCACCGGAGGAAUUGAAAGCAGGUCCAGCUAAGAAGCCCAGUGGAGAGGAACGCUUCGCCAGGUUACGCGCUGCAGAUGAGAACGAUAAUGCAGAAAAGGUUCAGGUGAAAAGUGAGCAAAAACAAGAGCAGGGUUCGAGUUCCGUUGGUAAUUCGAAACCCGCCCAACAAGUUCAACAGAGUGCCGAACAAUCGAACGGCUUUAGAUCACAGCAACAACAACGGUUUUAUGGGCGUAUACGCCAACAGAAUCGGCAUAGUCAAUUUCGUCAAGCCAAUGCGCAGGAUAAACAGAAUCAGGAGUUCGAGCGUUAUAUACAGAACUAUCACAGUGGACCGACAGUAGAAACGGUAUUCGAAACAGCCGAUCACUCGCCAUCUGGACGUUAUGAGCAUUCAUCAUCCUCCUCGUCUUCGACUGGUCCUGCGCGACUUGUCGCUCUCGAUACAAAACCUUCACAGCAACACACCUUUGAAAGGCAAAUUGCACUUCCCGCUGCUGUAGCUGCAUCAGCUUCAGCUGCAGCAUCUGUAGACGAUCAAUCGAAAUCAGCGCCCGACGCAAAGAUCCAAAUAUCCCCAGCACCAGUAUCGGCGCAACCAGCGGUAGCCGCUCCUGCAGCUGUACAUGCAUCAGCACCAGCUGUUGUGCCAACUGGGCCUUCAAAAACAGUUACUACUGUACACAGUAGCAAUAGUGACGGUGGCAAAAUAAAUCUGGGAGGUGCUUUUGGUAAUAGUUUUGGCAGUGCUGGCAGCGGUUCUCAUGGUGUGACAUUUAGAGUUGCUGGUGGUGGUGGAUAUAGUCCACCAAAUUACGACCAAACUCCCAGCUAUGCUAAGCCGGAUUAUGGACAACCCAGCUUUAGUUAUGAUCAUGGAGAUGCCGGUGGUUUUCUAAACGAGUAUCCACCAUCUGUAGAUGAGCCCGUAGGUGGUUAUGAUGGCUUUUAUGGCAACCAAGAACAUGACUAUCAUUCGAAUGGUGGUUACUUGCCUGUAAACCCAAAUGUGUAUCAACGACCAGUAGUCACCAAAACUAUACAAAUUGCCCAACCAGCGCUGAAAGCUAAAAAAUUCGAAGUACGACAUCCAGCUAUCCAAAAGGAAUUUUACGAUAUCGAAGAACGAGUUGUGAUUAAACCGGCUGGCACGAUAGUUGUUGAGCUGGAGCAUCCUGUUGCGAAAAUUCCGAAAGGUGAGACAGUGCUACCCCUCGGUCAUCCUCAUCCAGCUAUUGCUGCUCAAUAUAAUAUUAAUAGUGAUACAGACAUUGAGACGGAAUCAUCCAGCGCGGGUUCUUAUAACAACGGCGUGCGCUCAAACUCGAAUCAAGUCUAUGCAGGUGCUGCUAGAAAAAAUCCCGCCCCUGUUAUUAGUGGAACAAAUAUUGCAUCAACAGUUACCGCUACACCAACUAAUAAUCCAAAUGCCAAACGUGAUUUUGUGGAAGCAAAUCUGCGAAAACAAUAUGGUGAGGAGGCGAAACUCAUAGCUCCUGCUGAUGCUGCGCUCGGAGAGCAAAAUUCACGAGGUAGAAACUUUUAUAUACCUGCUGAAAGUCACGACAGUCAGCGUCAAGUACCUAACAGGAAUUUCUCGCCAAACACAUUUAGACGAGAUGAAAGCAACUACCAACGUCCAGCUCGUGUUGAAGCUCAGCAAAGCGGGCAAGUAUACCAACCAAGGUAUACUAAAAACGAAGAAAAAUCUUUGAAAAACACAUCACCCGAGGUGACAAAUGACUUUAACAACGAUGACGAUGAAUAUAAGGGUGAGUACAUAACAGGUAAUUUCUACAGUGCCAGCAAAGACCCUAAACCUGCGCGUUUACAAGAGGAACCCGCAAAGAGUGAACGUAUUACAGCCGAGCCUCAGACACGUAUCAUAAAGCAUGAGCACACAAUUAAAUUACCACCCUCUCAGCAUAAUAUUUACUUGGCGCCUAGUCGGUUUGAAGAACGUCCAGUACUUGUACAGGCACAACGUAAGCAAGCACCAUCAGCAGAACAGCAACCUGCACACUUAGAAGAAGAACCAGCGCGCGUGAGUGAAGUUAAAUCGUUCUUGAAUCGCCAGCGUGACGGUGUAGUUGUAUAUGCUGUUCCAGCGCGUCGCCCAGUGCCCGCACAGCAGCGUUAUGUUGUACCACAACGCACGUACGAACAAUUACGUUACGAUCCCGAUACCGAUGUUGCUUCAGCAGCAGUAGAAUACAGUGCUCCUUACUCACAUAUGCGAUACGAUCCAAAUGAAUCUGCACGUCUUACCGCAGAUGUGGAAUAUCAACGUGGCUCAAACGCGAAAGUUCCUCAAAGAACCAUCACAGUACACUAUAAUCGUGGCCCCGAGUCUAAUGCACGCCUCACAGCACUAAAUAAGUCAGAAACUGUGUCAAAUGAGCCCGCCAAAUUAGCGGAAAGUAAUGAGGACGUGAAGCCGAAACCCGAGGAAAUACGCCCACUUGCACAUAUUCAAUUACAAGUGCCAUAUGGUCCGCAAGAAGCCGAUGAGCCCAUUAGAGUUAUGUCUUCAAUUAACCCGCCCAAGCAACGUAGUCGCAAUGCCAAAGUUAGUCAGCCCGAAGCUAAAAAAGCAGCUGACGAACAAGUUGAGGAUGUAAAUAGCGAAUCGGCUCCUAAUCCAAGUGCUAAACAAGAUGUAGAUGUUUUGCAUUCGGAAAAUAUCGAGUCACAACCCGACUGUGCUCAGAAUGCAGAAAAAGUAAGCGCACGUUAUGAAAACCCACAACCAAGUGACAACGAAAACGUGCAGUAUGUUGCAGAGCCUCAAAACCGAGUACAAAUUAAGUCUCAACGUCUGAUAGACACUAGUAACUCAAACGCUAACAACAAGGAAAAUGUCAAAACGGCGCCCUCCGAUGCGGAAAGUAUUGACAACAAUGGAAAAGAUGCAAGUUCUCAAGCAACGCCCCCGGGCUCACGUGUAAUUGCCGCUAAUCCAGCGCCAAAUGAUGCCUCCGCAACAAGUGAAAGCUUCCACAAACGUCGCAUUGUGGUAAACCAUCCUUUCCAAACUGUGCGCGAAGUCGUCGAACAUGAGCCCAUUACAAACUAUCAUCAAAUACAAGUGCAUGAACGCGCCUCACCAACCUCGGCCUACAAUAAGGCGCCCUACUUUGCACCCAAUGGGCAACUGCGUCAAUUCGAGAUGGUGCGUGUUCCGGUUAUGUACCAUCACCCAAACGGUGCUACGCACGGCAAUUUAGUUUACGCUUUGCCUGAUGCUAUUCCCGUGCACGAAGACAACGGCGAAGUAGAGCCGAGCUAUCAGCAAAGACGACAGCGUGUACGCGCCUAAAUCCGUCGCUUAUUUAUCAGUACAUUUGAUGUGGCUAAUUGUUGUUGUUAUUGCAGUGCUUGUUGUUGCCAUUAAUUAAGGACACUAUGCUUACAAACAUAUACUUAAUCAAAUAUGAAUACUCGUAUUUUAUAUUAGAAAUAUGAUAUGGUUUUAACCGAUUCCACUAAGGUUGAAGGGUUAACUUAAAGCUUACACUAAUGAUUGCCAGACAGUGUACAUACGCUGUCCUUAAUUUAAGUUUCUAAACUCCAUGUAUAAGUUGUCGAAUAAACAUUCAAAUACG